UCAAUGUUAAAGAUAUCAACAAACCGAUGGAUUGGUUUCUCGCUUGAUUUUUUUGGAAAUAAUUUUUCAUUAUGUGCCAAUGCACUUGCGAUGAGUGAAAAUUAAUGUUUUAUUGUAUUUAGAAUAGACUAUCUACAGUAUUAUUAUCAAGUAACAUUGACUUAUAAAAAGAAUGGGUCUCUUAUCGGACCCUGAAUACGGGUCGGUAAAAUGGGUGAAGUUGCUGAAAAGAGUACAUGGGCCGCUAUGUUUUUUGUGUUUCGUUGGUGCUUUGGUGUGGUUCGUAAUGUUGGGCAAUAAGGAGUUCAACAAUGAGACGUACUUCUCUGAGAAUGCUCUUCUGCCAGGACUGGUGACCAACGAAUUCAAUGCUGAAUCCUCUGCUAAGAAGUACUUCAAUGACUUGACGAUGGAGCUUGAGGAUAAGUAUAGUGAUUCAGAGGAGAUUCCCGUGCCGUGGCUGGUGGCCAAGAUGUCCCAGCUACAUCUGGAAGUUUACACUCAUAACUUCACCCUCAACUACCCCAUGGGACAGGGGCAGGUCUACAAAGGCACUAAUGUCUAUGGCAUACUAAGGGCAGCUCGCACCCCUUCUCUGGAAGCCCUGGUGGUGACCGCCCCAUUCAGACCUCUGGGCUCGCACCAGAAGGAGACCACUGCUGGCAUCGCACUCAUGCUUGCCUUCGCACAGUUUGCUAGACCUCAAAAGUACUGGGCAAAAGAUAUAAUAUUCCUCAUCACAGAACAUGAACAACUGGGAAUGCAGGCGUGGUUAGAAGCUUACCACGGCCUCAAUAGCAACGCUGGAACUUUCUACACAUCUCUUGGUAGCUUCUGGAAGCCUGGUACUCCGAAGUUGGACAUUGGCAAUAUGGCGUGGUUUGAUUUGGGGAAUGAUCAUCAGAAAUGUUUAGAUCCUGGGAGACUGAAGGGAAGGUCGGGGUCGAUUCAAGCUGCCAUCAAUUUGGAGUUCCAUACGCCCAAAAUUAAGUACAUAGAGGUGAAAGUUGAAGGCUUGAAUGGUCAGCUACCUAAUCUAGAUCUGGUCAAUUUGGUACACAAGCUUUGUGUCAAGUCCGGAAUACACCAUUCUUAUAAAAACAGUUAUUCGUGGAUCCGUACCCGCAACAAGUACGAUGAGUGGACCAAUGGUAUAGUCACCAUACUUGGUAUGGUGACCUCACAGAUUGCCGGCGUGCCAAAUGGCAACCACGGCUUAUUCCACCGUUUCGGGAUCGAGGCCGUGACGUUGGAGGGCCGCGACGCCCGCGACCCCGCCGCGCCCCCCCCCUCCGCGUCCGCGCUCACUCCCUGCAACUUCUACCGCCUUGGUAUCGCCCUGGAGAGUAUCCUGCGCUCCUUGAACAAUUUACUGGAGAGUUUCCACCAGAGUUACUUCUUCUAUUUACUCGCGGCUACUAAUAGAUUUAUAUCGAUAGGCCAAUACAUGCCAUCACUAUGCCUCCUAUGUGUUGCGAUGAUAGUCCGCGCACUAUACCUGUGGGUCACCAUACAAGAAAACGAUGAUGAACAACCAGUCAAACGUAAACGUAAGAAUUCUGACGCAGCACCAGGCGACCAGAAAACUAAAGAGAAUAAAGAAGAAACACAAGAAGCUGCCGAAGAAACCGUCAAACACAAACAGAAGAAUUCUGACGAGGUACCAGGCGAACAUGAAGUGAAAGAGCUUGUCAAAAAGAAUAAGAAGAAAAGGGUGGAUUCUAGUAUGAGCAUAGUGAAUAUUGGCGCGAAUUAUAUUCUAGUACAUCUAAUUGGAUAUGGAGUUAUGAAUUCACCAUUGCUUUUUAGCAAGAUCGGAGCAAUGUACGAGCAGUCAUCAGAGUUCUCCGUGUACUACGGCCUCCUUGCGACCUCUGUGCUCCUGGUAUUCCUGACUCCGUUACUCCCGCGGGUCCUCAGCAAGGGGCGCAUAAGUUACGAUGAGAUGUCUCUAGUCAAUAUACUGAUGCUUGUUGAGUUGGCUACUGUUUGUUUGACCGUGGGUAUGCACAACUUCCCUCUAGGAUUUGCGAUCGCUGUCCUUUACACUCCUCUCGCCCUGGUAGCUGGAGUACAAACGCGAGGAGGAAAAGGAUGGCUUGCAAUUCAAAUCAAACGGUUACUCUGCCUGAUCCUGUCACCACUCUGCGCGGUCACUCUUGGCAUGGUCAUAUACAGUGGUUUCCUGUUCCCCGAAGAAGAUUUCCUGAGUAUGGCCGGCAGAGGGCGCGAUGCAGCAAUGCAAGCUACCAUGUUCUCUAUCGUGGACUCUUUGAUCUACGGCAACUGGCUAUAUAACGUUACGUCAUGUGUGAUUCUACCUAUUUGGAUCAUAUUCUGGCAGAUACUUUGCAAUAGGGUCGAAGAACAUACUUAAUUUAGUUUAUUUAUUCAUUCCAAAGACUUAUUUAAAUAAAUGUAUCAUUCUUA